ACGUUGGCGCGUAUCGCUUCCCUGAUCAACCGUGUGCGGGCGCAGCUUGCCUAUCCUCCGACUGCUCCUUCGCCCUCCCGUCCGCCGUCACGAAGCCCUGCCUGGUCCAAAGACACUUCUCCUGCCCGUGGGGCUGAGGGUAGCAACAUGUCGACACCGGACAACCAGUCUUAUCUGGCUGCUGGCAUCAACAAGCUGUCCCCCUGGGGUCCUCGUAGCCCGCUUGUCAAGGCCCAAGACGCGUCCGACCAAUCUUCUGGCGACAUUGGCCUCAAGCAGCAGCGUGGAGGAGACCACAAGGUCAGCCACAGACAUCGUCUCAGCUUGAAGCGCUAUCCCAGAGACUGCCCGCCUCUGCGCGUGCAGUGGUUCUUUGCAGUCGACGUACCAAAGCGCAAACCUGUCUAUUCCGACAAGCCUCUGGGCAAACCCGAAGGUGUCGAAGCACCUAAAAUCGCUCCCAAGAAAUAUGCUCCCUUUUCUCAGAAAGACUCGCGCGCCAUCGAAACCGCUUUCCACAAAGUCUCAGGAGAGGAUGAUGCCGCAGAGCGAAGAGAGUUGGAGAAGUCCGACGACAUCACAAAUGAGAAAGAGCUUGGACUUGGGCCUCACCACAAAUCUGCCAAGGUGCCUGUGAACGAAGACUAUCUCUUCGAUGUGGAUGUCUUGAAUAGGGAGCUUGCUCCUGCAUACUGGCUGGGGCCUGUGUACGAGGUCCGUCGAGGAACUUGGUUCUAUCAAGAGGGCGCCGUUCAGAAGCCGUGUGAUGAGAAUUUGGCUGCUCAACUGGAAGAGCAAUACCUCAGAGCCACCCCUUGGAGGUGGAAGAAGCAAGAGCCCACCAGAUCAGCUUCACAGUCUCGCUCUGCUACCUCGUCUCCAUUGGCAUCAAAAGGCUCUCUCCCAAAUCUCCGUGAUCAGAACACGAAGCAUGCUGACGAUGCGCAAUCCACUCAUCCUGUUCAAACUUACCGCCUUUUCGGACCUCACUCAAACUCAGUCGUAACAUAUCAGGAUACUACGACUGCAUGGAUACUAACGGAAGAUUUCAUAAGUCGCAUGUCUAGUGGUGUCUACAAGCGCUUUGCCGGAGGUGCUCACUACGCUGGCACUAAAGUCACUCGUGGCUACACUGUUCAGGUCAAGAAGCCCGAAGAGAAGGAAGUAAAGGCAGACUCGGACACGAAAUCCGCUACCGUAGAUGUCUCAUCACAGGAGUCUGCAAAGAGCACGGCACUUGUACCUGUGGAUGGAACCAAAGCGGAUAGUCUUCACGCCGAGAUCGCAAGUCCCGAGUCUGAAAAGCAUCGCCAGACCUUGGAGCAGCAAAUGAGUUCUCUUGUCAGUGCUGGCCAGGAGGACCCUCAGAAGCAGGACGAGGAGAUCCGCAAGCGUGAUGAGAAGGAGAUUCAAGACGACUACCGUGACAGAGAAGGAGAACAACAAGACCGAGAAAUUGAGCACCUUCUGCUCGUUACUCACGGCAUAGGCCAGCGCCUAGGCUUACGUAUGGAGUCUGUGAACUUCGUUGGAGACGUGAACACUUUACGGAAGACUCUCAAGGCUGUCUACGGCGAGAGCGCUGAUCUGCAGGCGCUCAAUUCGGAGGUCGACGCGUUACCUAAGAAUUGCCGAAUUCAGGUCUUGCCAAUCAACUGGAGGCACAAACUCGACUUCCCCAAUCGCGCUCUCAAACACAACCGAAAGGAACACGACCUUGCGUUCGGCGGCUUCGGUGAAGAGGAAGACUAUCCCAACCUUGACAAUAUCUCAGUUGAAGGUGUACCAGCCGUGAGAAAUCUCAUCACGGAUCUGGCUCUGGAUAUUCUUCUUUAUCAAAGUCCCGCGUACAAAGAUGCUAUUGCGACCAUUGUGCUUGAGGAGUGCAACAGAAUUCACAAGCUGUUCUGUGAACGCAAUCCUUCGUUCAAUGGAAAAGUCAGUCUGGUUGGUCACUCACUGGGAUCAGCCAUCAUGUUCGACAUUCUGUGUUUACAAGAAAAAUCGGAGGCGCAGCAGAAAGUUUCUGGCAAGGCUUCACGCAACCCGAUGAAGCUGAACUUUGACGUAGAGGACUUUUAUGCGCUCGGUUCACCCAUUGGUCUCUUUCAGAUGCUCAAAGGCCGCACAAUUGCCGCCAGAGAUGUUGGACACGGCCAUCAGAAGAAUGCGGACUCUUCUAGUGCUUUGUUUGGCUCGACUUCGAGUAGCUCUGACAAUUUGACAGGAAUGGGUACUCAAAACUCUGACCUACCUAUCUCCUCACCAAAAUGCCGCCAGGUCUUCAACAUUUUCCAUCCUACCGAUCCUAUCAGUUACCGGAUUGAGCCCUUGAUCUCACCUGCCAUGUCGUCUCUCAAGCCACAACCACUACCCUACACGAAGCGAGGUAUCUUCAGUACCGCCACUGGCCAAGGUCUUACAGGUAUUGGUGCACGUGUCGGUCAGAGUGUCUCUGGUCUUUGGUCGAGUUUCAGCUCCGGUAUUGCAAGUAGCUUGCUCAACCGCAGUCUUGGUUUCACAGCUGAAGAUGCGGGCAAACUUGGAGGACCAGCAGGCAAUAGCCAGUCUCGUACACCAUUAUCGCUCGGCGGUGGGACAAACGCGGCUGGAGGUCUGGUCCCCGUCGCACCGGCCACAAACACCAAGAUCGACAAGGUGGACGUGGACACGAAAGACAGGUUGGUUAGCGAUGCACAGAAAGCCGACGAAGCUGGAGAGCGCCCUCCAACCCUUAUUGACGCCGAGCUCGAGACGCUCUAUGCUGGUUUCCAAAACACAAGAAAGGGCGCGCAAGGUGAUGUGGAUCACGAAAUGGCCGAAAGCGAAAGAGCGGAAGCAGAACAGCGUGGACGUAAGCUGAAGAAGGAAGAGGCCAAGGUUCGAGCAUUGAAUUCCAAUGGAAGAGUCGACUACAGCAUCCAAGAGUGAGUGAGAAAGUUUAACUCGAUAGAAAGCAGGACUAAUCCAAGAUAUAGGGGUGCUUUCGACAUUUCGCUGAUCGCGGCAGUGGCAUCGCAUCUCUCUUACUGG